GCAUUGUGACGGUGACAAGGCAAGGAACCUUGAGUCGACCUUGAAUAAGAGGGCUACGUCGAUAAUGCGUCAUAUUUCUGAAAUCGCAAGAGAUAAAUGUUGUUUCCGAGACACGUUUUUAAUCCUGUCGGAGUUUUACUUUGCUUAUGAGUUCUAAUUGAAGUCAUAUUUCGAACAUUUUUUUCUUUCUAGAAUAUCAAGAGUCCCAUUCAUUUUUCGAAUGAAUGUGACACAGUAAACAAUAGGGACGUUCGAACGUUUGUGAAAUGAUGGAAGAUCCAUCACUGCCACCUUUUCUAUCACCAUGGAAAAUGAAUUUCUCCCAAUGCAGCUGAUAUACAAGGGAAAGACGAGCUAGAGUCUCCCGAAAUUUCAGUUUCCGAAUGGAUUCUCUUUGAGCACUAAUUUGAAGCAUUAUAGCAACGAGACGGAGUCUUUGAAGUUUCUUAAGAAGAUCAUUCUGCUGUACGUAAAUACUGAACGGGAAAGGUUGGGGCUUGAAACACAACCAGCUUUGCUUACAUAUGACGUCUUUCGAGAACAAACAACUGAUAAGUUUCCAGAUGUGCAGAAAGAUAGCAACAUUUUGUCAACGAAGAUACCACCGAACAUGACACAUGUGUUUCAAACACUGGAUUUAACUGUGAACAAGUUCGCGAAAGACUUCAUGAAGAGAACGUUUACUGCAUGGUUUUCAAGACAAAUACCUCUAGGACUAUCGUCCUUCAGUUCUCAAACCACUGUACGCGAAAUGGCUCGUUGCAUUAUAUAAUCAUAUGUCCACCGAUGAAGGGAAUGAAACUGUUGCCAAUGGUUGAAAAAAAGCUAUCAAACUUGGUUAAAGCCAUUGGAGCCAUUUGCAGAUAUAUGCCCUCUGAUUGAAUCUCUCCAGUUACGUGAAAACAUGAGUUUAUCGACUCCCUUUCCAGAAGAGCUUGAUUGUUUUUGCAAAUCCAGGAAAGUGAAGAUGACUCCGACUCAGAAUGGGAUUCUGACGGUGACUCUGAUAAUUACUCAGCACCAGAAUCAGAUGAUGAUGGAAAUGCAUUUGAUGCAUUCGACCAUGGCUUAUGAUUAGUAAGAAAGUGGCAAUUUUGUUAGAACAUGUGUUUUAAUUGCUUCAAUUUCCCAUUUCGGAAGGUUCUUCGUGGAAUGCAAAGUUAAUAAAUUAUAUUGUUUUACUUAAAGUCUACUUCCGCGAAAAUUAAUUCCCGCGAAAAUUCGAAAUACGAACAAUUCGUGAAAAUUACUACCCACAAAACUCAAAAUUUCUUCGAUUCGCGAAAAUUAAUACCCACGAAGUACAACUUUUUUUGACUCGCAAAAAAUAAAUACCCGUGAAAAUUAGUACUGCCAAGGUACAAUCUAUAGACCUUAAAAGUAUACCCGACAUUAUAUACUAUCAUCUUAUAGAUAUGAAGAAAUAUUCAAAGAUUAUUUUUACAGUGGAAUGCAAGAACUGGUAGAAGAUAACGUACAGUUUGUAGAAGUUCGUGCAAUGUUACCACCACUCUACUUUUUAAAUGGUACAACCACUAAAGGCGGUAGAGAAACGUUGGAAACAUACAUUAAAGUUGCAAACAAAUUUAUAUCUGAACAUUCAGAUCAUUUCUUCGCAGCUAAAUAUAUUUACUCUGUGCGUCGCUUUCUACCAAAAGAAACAAUGAAACAAAAAGUUUUGGAUGCGAUUGAUAUGGUUGAGCGAUAUCCAAAUCACUUGAUAGGAUUUGAUCUAGUAGGACAAGAGGACACUGGAAGAUCAUUGUUUUAUUAUAUUGAUGAACUUCUUACACCAAAACAUCUUGGAAAACAUCUGCCUUACAUUUUCCAUGCUGGUGAAACAGAUUGGGAAGGAAGAUUUAUUGAUCAAAAUCUCUUCGACGCCAUCUUAUUAAACACAUCUCGUAUUGGACAUGGAUACGCUAUCACGAAACAUCCAACAUUACGAAAAUAUACGAAAGAAAAUAAGGUUGCAAUUGAACUUUGUCCGAUUUCUAAUCAAAUACUUGGUCUGGUUUCUGAUUUACGAGAUCAUCCAGCUGCUGAUCUUCUUAGUGAUAACCAGCCAAUCACAGUUAGUCCUGAUGAUCCAGCCAUCUGGCAAGCUUCUGGAGUCUCGUUUGAUUUGUAUCAAGUGUUUAUGGCUAUGACACCUGCACAUGCUGGUCUAGCAGUUUUAAAGAAGUUGGCUUUAAACUCUAUCAGUUAUAGCAAUCCUAAUGAAUUGGAGAAGUUUUCGUUAAUGGAAAUGUGGAAGCAGAAAUGGGAAAUCUUUCUCGACAAUAUUAUACUGGAGUACCGACUAUAAUUCUAGUUAAUAACCGACAAACGUUGAUGCAGUGGGUGAAAGCUUAAGUCUCUGGCAUAAUUUAGGUCUGGCUCAACGAUAGAAUACCGUGGACUGUUUUAACUGCGGAUGCUCUGCUUAUCAUCGCUGUUCUGUCUUAUGUCUGGAGUUAUAGCAACAUGUGAAGAAUACUAAAAGCCACCAUUGACUGUUUACGAAUUGUAAAUAACGAAUUUGAAACAAAAUUAUUUUUGGAUUUCUGCGAAGGAAUGUGUCGAAGGUAAUGUCAUAACCAAAACUAAGAAGUCCGUAAACACAUAAAGAUUUUACAUAGAGACUGAUGAUAUAAAUAGUUUUUGCGAAAAGCUUCUCUCAUAUUUUAAUCUUUUGAUUUUUUACUGUUUAUGCUUGGUAUUUUACGUACAUAAAUGUUUUAAUCGAAUUUUCUUUUUGUGGUCGAA